AUGAUGUCCGGAGAGGCCCUGCACGUGAAGACCCCCAUCCGGGACAGCAUGUCCCUGUCCAAGGUGGCGGGCACCAGUGUCUACCUCAAGAUGGACAGUUCCCAGCCCUCUGGCUCCUUCAAGAUUCGGGGCAUCGGGCAUCUCUGCAAGACGUGGGCUGAGCAAGGCUGUGAGCAUUUCGUCUGCUCCUCAGCGGGCAAUGCGGGCAUGGCAGCCGCCUAUGCUGCCAGGAAGUUGGGCAUCCCUGCUACCAUCGUUGUGCCCAGCACCACACCUGCUCUCACCAUUGAGCGGCUCAAGAAUGAAGGCGCCAUAGUCAAGGUGGUAGGUGAGACAUUGGAUGAGGCAGUUGAUCUGGCCAAGGCCCUGGUGAGGAACAGCCCAGGCUGGGUCUAUAUCCCCCCCUUUGAUGAUCCCCUCAUCUGGGAAGGCCACACCUCCAUCGUGAAAGAGCUGAAGGAGACGCUGAGUGCAAAGCCGGGGGCCAUUGUGCUGUCCGUGGGCGGAGGGGGCCUGUUGUGUGGAGUGGUCCAGGGGCUGCAGGAGGUUGGCUGGGAGGACGUGCCCAUCAUUGCCAUGGAGACCAUCGGUGCCCACAGCUUCCAUGCUGCCACUGCUGCCGGCAAGCUGGUCUCCCUGCCCAAGAUUACCAGUGUUGCCAAGGCCCUGGGUGUGAAGACCGUGGCAAGUCAGACCCUGAAGCUGUUUCGGGAACACCCCAUUUUCUCUGAAGUUAUCUCAGACCAGGAGGCUGUGGCUGCCAUUGAGAAGUUUGUGGAUGAGGAGAAGAUCUUGGUGGAGCCCGCCUGUGGGGCAGCCCUGGCCGCAGUCUACAGCCGCGUGAUCCAGAAGCUGCAGGGAGAGGGGAAGCUCCGAGCCCCGCUGGCCUCGGUCGUGGUCAUCGUCUGCGGGGGCAGCAACAUCAGCCUGGCCCAGCUGCGGGCCCUCAAGGAACAGCUGGGCAUGAAGAACGGGCUGCCCAAGUGA